GAGGAGCAGGACAGUGGCCGGGCUGGGCAAGGCGUGGGUGGGUGGGGGGAUGAUGGUGCGUGGCGCGCGCUGUGGAUGAGGAUCCCUCGCGCCCUCUAGCCGCCCCGCGCACCCGCCCCUCUCAGCUGGUGCCCCGGCCUCGCGCUCCCUCCUCUCCAUGAGCGGCGCGUGCGAGCUGGUGUGGCGCCUGCUGCACGCCCUGCUCUGCCUGCUGCGCGCGCUGCUCUCGUGGCUCCGCGGCCGGCUGCGGGGAGGCCCCCGCUCGUGGCUCUGGCGCUGGUGGCGCCGCGCGGCCUCUGCCGCCGCCUCCUGCGCGCUCCUGGCGCCCGCCGCCGGGGCCUUCGCCUUCCACAAGCCGGGCGCGGCGCGGCGGGUGCCGGGCGGGCGCGGGCGGGGGCGCUGGGACGGGCGGGCCCUGGAGAAGCUGCCGGUGCACAUGGGGCUGGUGGUGACCGAGGAGGAGCCGAGCUACGCGGACAUGGCCAGCCUGGUGGUGUGGUGCAUGGCGGUGGGCAUCUCCUACGUCAGCGUCUACGACCACCACGGAAUCUUCAAGAGGAAUAACGCAAGGCUGAUGGACGAAAUUUUAAAACAGCAGCAGGAACUCUUGGGUCUAGAUUGCUCCAAAUAUACAGUGGAAUUUGCAAAUCAAGACAAAACAGACCAAGUUUUAAAUUGCCAAUCUACAUUGAAGGUGCUGUCCCCAGAAGAUGGAAAGGCAGACAUAGUGAGAGCUGCUCAGAACUUUUGCCAGUUGGUAGCACAACAGCAAAGAAAAUAUACAGACCUGGAUGUGAAUGUCUUAAACAACUUACUAAGUAGUAAUAAAGGUUUCCCUGACCCUGAUUUAAUUUUGAAGUUUGGUCCUGUGGACAGCACAUUAGGAUUCCUUCCCUGGCACAUCAGACUGACAGAGAUCAUUUCUUUGCCUUCACACCUGAACAUCAGCUAUGAAGAUUUUUUUUCUGCCCUCCAUCACUAUGCAGCCUGUGAGCAGCGUUGGGGAAAAUGACUUCUUGUUGAACACUCUGUCAGGCUUUCCAUGGAAAGGAUCCAGUAUCUCUGUUUACAAGCACCCUGUGAUCUGAACAAGUCUGGUUCAUAGUAAUUUUCUUAAUUUAUCAACAAACUCAAUAAAGUGUCUUACCUUUCUAGAGAGUCUGUGCGUGUGGGUGUGUGAGAAUCCUUCUACGGAAAGGGGGAUAUGCACAGGUUUGUUAAUUUGUGCAAAUUACCUUGUAUAAAUUUUAAGCAGAGCUGAUCAAAUGCUCUAUGCCCCCACCUCUGUUUUUUUUUCCUUCCAGUGACCAAAAUGUUAUGUAAGAAUAAUGUUGCUCUUUUCUAAGGGGAAACAUUCAUAGUAUCCUUGUGAAAACUACAGGGCAAUAUAAGAUGUUGCCACAUGCAUUGAAAGAGUGGAAAAGUGGAAGACUUGGCUGCAAUUAUAUGCCUGUCCAUUCCUUAUCCUCCUGGUGUACCUCGUAGAUGAACUCUUGAGAGCUAUUGGCCUGGUUAUCUUCAAAUAUGUUAGGUGUGUGUUUGUGUAUUGCAUAUAUCAGUAACUGUUCUGGUGACCAUACAAAUGGAAUGAAAAGAUUCCAACUUACCAGCUGACAAGACAAAGCGUCUAAUAGGAUAAAAAGCACAGGUAAUAAGUUUCUGGAAUCUGAAGAGGCCACAGAUUCUUUCAUUACCUUAUUUUGGGGUAAGUGCAUUAAGCAGCAGUCUGUUAUGAAAUAUCCAGGGUGAAUUGUGGGUUUUUUUUGAGGGGGGAACAAAGAUGUUUAAAAGCAAAAGCCUUCCAAAAAUGCAUGUAUAGCCCUAGAUAUAUUCCCUUCUUCCCUAGGACCCAGCGAAGCCAAAAUCCUGUUGAGUUCAGUGGGCACUGAAUUGAGCACCCAUACUGAUGAGAUGACAUAAAUUGAGAUUUCCAAAACAUAAUUAUCACUGUCAAUGACUUUUUAUAUUCCACUGAUCUGGUACUAUUCUUAAAUUAAAACUUUAAGUGAAUUAAGUCUCUAGCUGGAUAAACCAGUCUCAGAUUGAGUUAGAUUUAGAUUUUGGGUUGCUGAUUCUAUUUUUCAAUCUCUAUUUAAGGAACAAUACAUAUUGCCACUGUGCUUUCCUUAUUACUGUUUAGCCAUAAGGCAAUGUUUAAUUGUGUACAUUUCAGGGAAGUCUCCAUCAGAUGUAAGUAUACAUUCUGAGCUAGAUAUGUUCAAGACUGAGUUUAGGAAGUCUGCAAAUAGCAGUGAAGAGAAGGAAUGGAUUUAGUGAACAUACAGUGCUCUUAUUAUGUUUUUUUCAUGUUUGAGAUCAUGAAUGAUGAAGCAAUGUAACCAGAAGUGCAGCAUUAGGUUAAUAUCUGCAUAAAAAACUCUUGACAGUUAUAGGAAAAAAACCUCCAUGACAGAAUGUCCUCAUUUAAUUAUUUAAAUAUAGAAAAUACACUUGAAAUAAAAGCUCAUAAAUUGAAAUUGUCAUGUAAUGUCUAAAUGCUUUUAAGUAUUAAAGAAUAAGCAGUACCUAAAAA